GGUCAAAGUUGAAGCUGAUGUUAAAGGCGCGAGUGUCCCUCCCUCAGUAUGUAAAUCAAUCGGCCAUGGCUCAACCACGUAGCGCCUUUCAAACCCUCUCAUGAUUCGUUCCAAUUUCCUUCUCGUACGUUCAAUUUCUCCUCUUUCUCAUCACCGGAAUCCACUUUCUCCCUUUACAGUCUCUUACUCAUCGUUUAACUUACCGGAAUCCUCCAUGGAAACAAACUCUAAAGAUUCACAGGAGCCAAAAAAAGAUCAACACAAGGAAACAGCUCGUGAUAUUGAUCCAUUGAAGAAGGUGUCAGAUGAUAUACUUCCUCAUAUCCUCAACCUGUAUGGAUCAUGUGCCUUACCUCGGGAUUUUGAAAUUUAUGCUCCUGAUGCUUCAUUUGAAGAUCCACUCAUGUGUGCUCAUGGGGUGAAGCAAAUCAAGUCGGCUUUUUAUUCUCUUUCAAAGGUGUUUAGUGAGUCAAGAAUUGUAGAGUACAACAUCAAAGAAAAUAUACUUCCUCAUGGAAGAAGAGAGAUAGUCAUUGACAACAAGCAAUACUACAAGUUCAUGGGAAAAGAUAUUGAUAUGAUAUCACUCAUUAAGCUUUAUGUAGAGGAUGGGAAGGUCAUUCGCCAUGAAGAUUGGUGGAACAAGAAGCCCCUAUGGAAUAGAGAUACUUCUAAUGUGCCACUAGUUGGAGGAAUUAUAGAGAUGGCUCGAAGGGGUUCCAUGUUGGCAACUCAUGCUAUGAUGAAAUUUGGGAAGGACCCAACUGCAUAAUCCUCUCUAGAAAGAAGUAUGAGUUCAGGACUUUAACCGGUUGUGGUGAAGAAAAUUGAUUCGUAAUCGGUUAUGGUUAUAGGGUUGGGGACUUUUUAACUGAUUUUUUAAUUUUUUUAAUAAGAUUUAUUAAUAAAUAAAGUUUAUUAUUGUGGG